CAUCACUAUAAAUAGCCCUAACCUUCAAAUUUCAUUUCAGUUCCUUCUUAUGACCAAACACAGCUUGUUCAGAUAUUACUUAUUAUACUGCUUUGAUUUCCAUACAUGGAUUCUUCUUUUUUUCAAUACCCAAAUCUCCAUUUCUCCUCUGAAUCAUCUUCUUCCCACAUUUCUCAAGAAAAUUUCUCACCACACUCUUCAUUCAGCUAUGCGCGAAACCAGGCUCUUCCUUUCAAUGAAAAUGAUUCUCAAGAAAUGCUUCUUUUGGGAGUCUUGAAUCAAGCCCCAGAAGCACACUCCUUUGACACCACAUCUCUCACUAGUUUCAGAGAUGAUGAUGAAGUCAACUCUGAGCCUGUCGAAGAGGAGACGGUAAAGGAGAUUUCUUACAGAGGAGUUAGGAAGAGGCCAUGGGGGAAAUAUGCAGCUGAGAUAAGGGACUCAACGAGGAAUGGUGUUAGAGUUUGGCUUGGAACCUUUGAUACAGAAGAGUCUGCAGCUUUAGCCUACGAUCAAGCUGCGUUGGCAAUGCGAGGUCCAAUGGCCAUACUCAAUUUCCCGAUGGAUAAAGUCUACGAAUCACUUCAAGAAAUGAACUAUGGGUUUGAAGAAGGCUGCUCGCCUGUUUUGACUAUGAAAAAGAAGUACUCCAUGAAAACCAGACGAUCGGGCAAAAAGAAGAUGAUGAAGAAAGAUGAGAAGGAAAAUAGACUGGUGUUGGAAAAUUUAGGAACAGAUUAUUUGGAGGAACUUCUAUGUUUAUCUGAGACUGCAACUCCUUAUUGGUGAAUAAUUGAGUUUAUCCACCAAUAUUUUAUUUUUUCAGAUUUCAGUUGGGAUGGUGAAGAAGAAAGGAACAUUUCCUUUUGGGGGAUAUUGUGUGUUUGAAUUUGUAAAUCUCUAGGUGAUAUUUAGAAUCAAAGUUGUGUGCUAUAUGCAUAAUUUCAGUCAACGUUAUCAAUAGCAAACUAAUUG